GUGUGUGUGUGUGGCUUUGUGUGCGUGAGUGUGCAUGAGUGUAUGUGUGUGUGAAGUGGUGGGGAGAGGAAGAGGAGACCAGUGACACAGGCAGAGGAGACAAGUGCAGGAGGCUGUCGGCGCAGAGGAGGCUCUCCGCGUAAAUACAAAGCACAGCCGACGCAUCGCUCCUCCUGACGCAGGGGAGCGGAGGAGAUACACAACAACAACAACAGGCUCCGUGCUUCGAGGGGAACGAUAAGAUUGAAGAAAAGCUGAGAAGAAAAAGGAACAAGGCGGCUGCAGCCGGGGAGGAGCAGGAGAGAGGGGGGGUUCCGGGUUUCUUUGUUGUUUGUGGAGUGUGUUUGUGUGCGUGAGUGUGAGUGAGUGUGUGUGCGUGUGUGUGUCUAGUCGUCCUCACACGGUGUGACCGAGCAAAGAGGCGGGGCAUCGUCGUACUCAGGGGACCAGACCUUUGUGUCACACAGCGAUGAUGGAGAGGAGGAUGGACACAGCUCUGCUGGUGCUGUUAAUGGGACACCUCGCCGCGGCGCUGGAGGUCCCACUCGACCUGCCACAGCCACCGACCAUAACUCACCAAUCCCCCAAGGAUUACAUCAUCGACCCCCGGGAGAACAUAGUAAUCCACUGUGAUGCGAAGGGGAAGCCUCAUCCCAGUUUCUCUUGGACGAGAAACGGGACGCAUUUCGACAUCGACGAGGACGCCAACGUGGUGAUGAGGCCGCACUCAGGGACACUGGUGGUGGACAUCAGCAGGGAGAAGGCUGAUCACUACGAGGGGGUGUACCAGUGCACGGCGAGAAACAAACAUGGAACUGCUGUUUCCCACAACAUAGUCAUACGACAGUCCAGAUCCCCCUUGUGGUCAAAGGAGAGGAUCAAGCCAAUCGUCGUUCAGGAGGGCGUGUCCUUGGUGCUGCCGUGUCGACCCCCUGCUGGCCUGCCCCCUCCCAUCAUAUUCUGGAUGGACAAUAACUUCCAGAGGCUGCCUCAGAGCAGCAGGGUGUCCCAGUCCCUGAACGGAGACCUCUACUUCUCCAACGUUCUCCGAGAGGAUUCCAGGAACGACUACAUCUGCUACGCCCGCUUCCCACACACACAGACCAUCCAGCAGAAACAGCCCAUCACCGUCAAGGUCCUCAACCUGGAAGCAAUCAAUGACACAAUGGCAGCUUUUUACAAUGACACUGAUUUGUUUAGUGAAGACCCAGUGGAUGAGAGGAAGCCGACCUUCCUCAUCCCAUCUGGCUCCUCCAGCUCCCAGACGGUGUUGAGAGGCCAGGUGCUGGAGCUGGAGUGUAUCGCAGAGGGGCUGCCCACCCCGGAUAUCUCCUGGGACAAAGUGAGCGGCGAUCUCCCGUCCCAACGCAUGUCCUACCUGUACUACAAGAAGACCCUGCGCAUCGUGAACGCGUCGGCGUCGGACGCGGGAGAUUACCGCUGCGGCGCCAAGAACAAGCUUGGCUCGGUGCACCACACCAUCCACGUCUCUGUCAAAGCUUCUCCGUAUUGGAUCGCCGGCGCUCCCAGGAACCUCGUCCUGGCUCCGGGAGAGAACGGCGUGCUGACCUGCAGGGCCAGUGGCACGCCCAAGCCCUCCAUCACCUGGUUGAUGAAUGGCAUCCCCAUAGAGAAUUCCCCGCCGGAUCUGAGCAGAAAGGUGGAAGACGACACCAUUAUCUUCACGGACAUACAGAUGGGAUCCAGCGCCGUCUACCAGUGUAAUGUCUCCAAUGGCCACGGCUACCUCAUGGCCAACGCCUUCGUCAAUGUCCUCUCGGAGGCACCCAGAGUGCUGACGCCGGCCAACAAGGUCUACCAGGUCAUCAAAAACCACCGGGCCCGGAUAGACUGCGCUUUCUUUGGGUCACCCAUCCCUAAAAUUACAUGGUUCAAAGACAGCCGCUCCAGCACCCUGGACGGAGAUCCGUACAUCCAGCACGACAACGGCACUUUGGAGAUCCACACAGCUCAGGCCAGGAACAGCGGCAAAUACACCUGCGCCGCCAGAAACAUGCUGGGGAUCUAUGAGAAUCACGUCUACCUGGAGGUCAAAGAGCCCACCCGCAUCCUGAAGCAGCCCGAGUACAAGGUGGUCCAGAGGGGCAGGUCGGUGGUGUUUGAGUGUAAAGUGAAGCAUGACCCCACACUCGUCCCCACCAUGACCUGGCUCAAAGACGACGGAGAGCUCCCCGACGAUGAUCGAUUAAUCGUGGCCUCUGACAGCCUCACCAUCACCGACGUGACAGAGAGCGACGGGGGCGUGUACACCUGCGUCAUGAACACAACUCUGGACCACGACUCAGCCAGCGCAGAGCUCACCGUCGUCGAGGCCACGCCAACUCCAGCUGUUGUCUAUGAACGACCUGACCCCCCAACUGACCUGGAGCUGACGGACCAGAAGAAGAGGAGCGUGCAGCUCACAUGGACCCCCGGGGAUGAGAAUAACAGUCCAAUUCAGAAAUUUCUGAUCCAGUAUGAAGACUCUCUGCACCACCGAGGUCACUGGCACAACCUCACCGAGGUCCCUGGAACCAGGACGACUGCUCACCUCAAGCUGUCUCCCUACGUCCACUACACCUUCAGGGUUUUGGCUCUCAAUGCCAUGGGCUUCAGUCGGCCCAGCUUCCCCUCCAGGAUGUUUAAGACAGAACCUGCAGCUCCAGACGACAACCCUAAAGAUGUUGAGGGAUUUGGAACAGAGCAUGACAAUCUUGUAAUCUCAUGGAAGCCGCUGACAGGGCUCCAGUCUAAUGGCCCAGGGCUUCGUUAUCGAGUAAUGUGGAGGCAGAAGGCAGUGGAAAGUGAUUGGUCCACAGUGACUGUGUCCAAUAACUCCCGGUUCGUGGUGUCGGGAACGCCCACGUUCGUACCAUACGAGCUCAAGGUUCAGGCUGUGAACGACCACGGAGUUGGACCUGAGCCUGCUAUCGCCCGCGGCUACUCAGGAGAGGACUUGCCGGUAGCAGCUCCAGAAAACGUUCAGCUGGUGGUGCUGAACAGCACGCUGGCCGAGGUGCACUGGGAUCCUGUGCCUCAUAAAUUAAUACGUGGGCAUCUAAAAGGAUACAAGGUGUACUACUGGAAAGAGCGCAGUCUCCACAAACACAACCCCUACCACAUGGAGAAGCUGAUCCUGAUGUUCAGUGGGAACCACAGCCACGGCAUGGUGCCUGGCCUGCACCCCUUCAGCCUCUACUCCUUCAACGUCAGAGUGUAUAACGGCAAAGGAGAUGGUCCUGUGAGCCCCACCCAGCAGUUUGAGACACCAGAAGGAGUACCUGGAGCUCCUACUUCGCUGAUAGUCACCAACUCCAACCUGGACACCUUAACCCUUGAAUGGAGUCCUCCCCACGAUCGCAAAGGACGCAUUACUGGCUACACCCUCAAAUAUCAGCCAGUCAAUAACUCCAAUGAGCUGGGCCCAGUGGAGGAGCUGGCCCUGCUCGCCAAUGAGACCUCAGUCACUUUGCCCAACCUCAAGUACAGCACGCGCUACAAGUUUUAUUUGAAUGCCAAAACAGUCAGGGGAGAGGGCCCAGCCAUUUCUCAGGAGGCUGUCACCAUCGUGGAUGAAGCUCUAAUGUCACUGCCUGACGUAGAUGUGGGCGAAGCACUGCCGGUGAGUCCUUUCGGGAACGUUAGUUCCUCGGUUGGAGAGGAGGGGGCCCUCAUCAGUUGGGAGUACUGGGGCCCGGAGAAAAACGUUUAUGUAGAGUACAUUGUAGAAAACAGCGAACAGGAAUGGCAGAAAGAGCCGGUGAACGGCUCUCAGAACGUUGUGCUGAAGGGCUUAAAGGGGGGCCUCUCCUAUAGGGUGCGCUUGGUGGCCAAAGGUCACCACGACCAGCCGCUCCACCACUCCGAGGAGCUGUUGGUCACGGUUCCAGCUGUGGCGAGCAGACAGGUGGACAUCGCCACUCAGGGAUGGUUCAUCGGCCUCAUGUGCGCCAUCGCUCUGCUCAUCCUGAUCCUCCUCAUCAUCUGCUUCAUCCAGAGGAAUAAAGGAGGGAAAUACCCCGUCAAAGAGAAGGAGGACGCACACACAGACCCAGAGUUCCAGCCCAUGAAAGAAGACGACUGCACUUUUGGGGAAUACAGUGACAAUGAGGACCAUAAGCCGUUAAAAGGGAGCCGCACGCCGUCUAACGGGACAGUUAAGCGGGACGACAGUGACGACAGUUUAGUUGACUACGGGGAAGGAGGAGACGGACAGUUCAACGAGGACGGCUCGUUUAUCGGACAGUAUAGCGGGAAGAGCGGCAGCAGGGACACGGCCGUGGGCCACGAGAGCUCGGAGGCCCCGUCCCCCAUUAACGCCAUGAACUCCUUGAACUCAUUUGUGUAGCCGGUCGGUCCUCGCACACCAGUAUGAGGCGCUCGGUCCCAGGGUCUCUCCUUAGAGGGC